UCCAGUCACUUUGUUGUUUGCUCCGUUUUUCUCUUUACUUCUGGCGGUGCGAGUCGAGUGUCGUCGCGCUGCACGUUGGUAGGUAGGUUGCCAAAAUAACGUGCGCGCGCAAAGCAAAGCCAAAGGUGCAGGAGGUGCUGAGCUGCUCCGUCAGUGUCCACACCCAUGGAGCGCGACUCGUCCCUCGUGAGCGCAGAGCUGGAGCGCAGGCAGCAGGAGGCGCUCUACGAGCAGCUGGUGAUGCAGACCAUGGGAGGACUGCAGAACCGCGGCGCAGAUUCCAGAGUGAUCAAACCCGAGCCGGGUUUCUGUGUGAAGACAUUCUCCGUUCCGGACAAGCAGAAGGUGUUUGUCAACAUCUGUCAGUCUCCUGCCAUCCCACCCCCCCCACACCUGUCCAAGCAGGAGCUCCUGGAUCUCCUCCAGUCGGACGACCCCACAGGCUACAAAGUUCCCAUGAGCCUCGGCGAGCCUCACGCUGAGCUGGACAACAACUCCCAGGGCUGCACAGCCUACGACGUCGUCAUCAACAGUGAGUUCUUGGAGAAAUGUCAGAGAGAGCAGCUUUUCCUGCAGUUUGUCGUUGCCGUGUCUCUGGAGGGCCUCGAGAACAAGUACAGCCUGGAGCUCAGUCGAGAGUGGAAGAUGCUGAAGAACCGCAAGUUUCUUGGUUCCGUCAACAACCAGAACAUCCGGACCCAAAGCAAGCCCAUCAUCCGGGAGCUCAGUCCGGGAGAGCAGCUCGCAGCGCCACCUGCAGCCCAACGGCCAGAGUUCUGUCUGCUGGUGGAGCCCCCUGCUGGUGAGCCAGAGCACCUCAUUGCAGAGAUUCAGCUUCCAGGGGUGCGGUCGUCUCGGUCCCUGGUUCUGGACCUGGGUGAGGACAGGUUGGUGCUGACCGCUCGCCCCUCCCUGUUCCACCUGGACUGCUUCUUCCCCCUCUGCGUGGACCCGGAGAAGAGCUCGGCUCAGUUCAACGUGACCACAGAGGUGCUCACGGUGACUAUGCGAGUGACACGUCUGUGACGCACAGCGACAUGUGCGGAUUCUUUUCUCCCAAUAAAGAUCUUUUUGUA